AUGUUAAUAACACACAGGGGAACGAAGGUCGAUAUUGGCCCAAACACGCAGCACCCCGCCGUGACCGUCGCCAUCAAAUCGCAUGGAGCUCAGCAACGAGCCAAAAUCUCAACAACGGCCGCCCACAACGAUGCCAUACGGGAUGAAGACGCGUUCGCAAGGCGAUACUUAGCCUCCCAGAGCUCUAUCUACUUCCGCAAACGAAAAACCUACCCUCGAUCGUUCUUCUGGCGGGUCAUUGACGACGGCACCUGUCUUGAGCUAAGAGCUGUUGAUUUGACGAAGAGCUCCCAGGAUCAUCAUGAAUCGAAUGUUGCUAUUCGACUCGAGCUUGAAGAUACCAUCGUACCUCAUGGCGUAGCUCUGGCGGACGUGGAGGGCCAUGAAUCACUUAGUGUUUUUGUUAUGCUGAGAUCAAAGCAGCUCUACACAUUCGCAAUGAGGCCGGAAUACUUCCGGAAACCAGAGUUGAUAGAUGAAAACAUAAAUGAUUGGUGCAAGACCUGCAGUCCGGCACCGUUGGGGUUUUCGUUUCCACAUCGGUUAUAUGCUGCCUCGCCUUAUGAGCUGUUUAUUUCUCUUGAUAGCGGAUCUCUUUUGCGUCUGACGAGGAAAGUCGGUGAUGAUGGAUCCCACUGGUUCCCCGUUACUUUUGAUGAAAAGAGCUGGAGCUUUUCUUUACGCGGACUCGUCAAGUGGAGCGGCGAGCAGGCGGUGCAAUACGAUGGCAGGUUCCUGGACCCUAACACCCCUAAUGCGAUUGCAACAACCUCCGAUCAGGCGUUUGUCUUUGUGGUCGGGCUAAACCACUCUUUAAAAGUUUGGAACCUAGCAAGCCAAAAGCUGGUUGGGUCAAAGGACUUGUUGAACCGAACUAGUCAAUCCCAGGACGCUUCGCCCUUGACCUUGAACCCAGACGAAUCCGCAUUUAUUCGAGUUUUUACUGCAGAGAGGGCAGCGGAGGGCAACAUGUACUAUGCUGUAACAUACUCACCUCAGGAUGAUGGUCAGUUCAAAUUUUGGGCUGUCGGGGGUGGAAUUACAAGCCAAUUGGUGAUUGAGGACCUUUUCCCGGAUUCAAAACUCCAACCUGCGGAUCCAGACCCGUCUGGUAGUGUAUUCUGGAACGUGGUUGACUUCCAAAUCAAGUCAAUGGAUGAAGGCAGAAAUAUGGCACUUUGGGUCCUCUGGAAAAGUCAUAACUCUUACCGACUUUACACCAUUCAUUUUGAUUUGGUGGAUCUGGCCAAGGUAUGGAAUACCAAUUGGACAAUGACAUCGUUCACAUUCCCUGGAAACAAUGCACCCCCAAGCCCCGUGCGGUCCGAUACGACAGAUACACAGGAGAAAUGGAUUGAAUAUCUCUUUGCACCUGGGAGAUACUCAUCUGAAAUUCUCAGGACUGCUUUGGCAAUUUAUCAGGAUGCCUUGAAAUUGAAACAUACUCGCUCCUUGGGCAGUAAGUCGACGGCGUCAUCACUACAACAGGAUGUCUGCACAAUAAUAACUCAAUCUGUCACGCUACGACAACUCCCGGAUGCGGAAAUGGACUUUUCAAAGUACUACAGAGACUUGGAAGCAAAGUGGCAACAAUUCUGGCAGAUUGUUGAAGAUAUCAACAAGAAGACACAAGAAGCGAUAAGCCUUGCCUAUGAUGCAUACAGUGACCUUCCCUGGUUAAUAUUCAGUGGCGGAUCGGCUAUCAUUCGUGAAUGUGAUAGUACUGAGCUUAUGCUGCACAAUGAUGGAGAGACUCUAGGCAAUGGUAUCGACGUCCUCGAAACGUGUUGGCCACAUAGGAAUAUACCCCGUGAACUAGGGGAGCGCCCUGGCCAAUCCGCAAGUCUUGCUAACCUCGCAAUGACAUUUCGAACACUUUUUUCAGCUGAACUUAGCGAGUCAUGCCGGACAGCUUUGGAUAACGAAAUCUUUGCUGAGCCUUCGCUCUCCGCUGCAGAGAGAGUUGAGGCUUUCCAUACCAACUGUGGAUUUGCAGAAUUCAUUACUGAGGAAUUGUUUGAAGCUGGCUGUGCAAAUAUCGAGGAAACUAUUGGAUAUAAAGGCCUCACCACCGAAACAUUCUUUUCCAUCAUUGAUACACUACCUUUGAGUUUCCCAGGGAAGGACUCUGAACUCCAGUCCACAGCCUUUGGACGCAAUGCAAUAACCCACGGAGCUCAAGAGGUCCUAAUCCAAAGCAGGCAAAUCAUACAUGACCUGUUGCUUUUCGCCGUUUUUGUCGAAACUGAAGUGAAUUUAGAGUCUGAGAACACUGAAUUCGACGGACCUAUGAUCUUUAGUACAUUAAUUGACCUAUUAAAGGAGUACGAGUUGAUGAUAUGGCUAGCGACAAACGUGCGACCCAGACAGAAAAAGAACCGAUCUGAUACCACAUCAUCUGUUCGAUUUGGUCCAAAGGCCUGUGAAGUCAACCAAUGCACUACUAUCCUAGAAGAUCUAUUCGCAAUUCACAUCAAGCCUCAACCUGCUGCAGGUGUUCCCCAGAUGUACGCAAUGACGCAGCAAAUUCAAGACGUCAUAUCAUGGGUUACGAGACAAGGGGAAGUGUCGCUUUCAAACAUCUUGGUGUUUAUCCAAUGUGAUCUUCUCGCUUCUGAUAACCUCGAACUUGCAUCUGAUUUCCUUCGUUUUCAACCAAGUACUGCCUGGGCAACCUAUGUCAAGGGACGAUUAUACCUAGCAAAAUCUGAUUUCGACACAGCAGCAGUUUACUUCCAAAAGGCUGCCUAUCUUCUCUCCUAUGGAAAAGCCGUUGGUAAUCUCCAUGAAAUGUCUUCAAAUCUUCUUGAUAUUGUGUCUGUGGAUAACUUCUACAAUGGGCUUCCGAGAUAUUUCCAGCACAUUGUCAACCUUUUCGAGCUUUCUCGAGCCUUUAUUCACGUCGCCGACUUUGCCAACCUCGCUCUUCAGGCUCUUGGAUCUAGUCCAAAGAAAAACGAGACAGAUCUUGAACAUAAGAACCUUCGAAGUGACUUGCUUUCUCGGUUAUUCCACGCUUCUUUGAAAACAUGUCGAUUUGAUGAUGCCUACUCAGCUCUUGCCAGAUAUACAGAUCUUGCAUUACAGAAGUCUGCGCUAACAUCUCUUACCACCACAAUCCUAACUGCCUAUGGACCGGGAACAGUAGGUCUACAAAAGGUUCUCCGCCUCCCUCUUUCCUUGACUCCCCAUCUAUGCUCUCAUGUCGAUGAUGUUCUGGCAUCUCUCGCGAGCAAACAGUCACCCCUGGGACCUUCUAUCAACCAAACAGUACCCUUGAGCGGUUGGCAGGGGACCCAAACCCCACCAGAAUAUCGUCGUGUCCUAAAAGCCUACCGAAUUGCUCGCAACGACAUUCGUGGAGCGGCAGAGAUCUCGUAUCAAACCGUUAGCCGGCUCAGGGAUCUUAGAGACCGCCCAACUACCUCAAAAGUGAAGUUCUUCACACCAGAAGAUGUUUCCAAUGAUCUGAACGAAGACGACAUCGAGAGCAGAGAAUUGCGAAACGAGCUUCUCUCCCUAAUCAACCUCCUUGCUUGUAUGGAGAAGAACGAAGCAUACAUUGUGGUCGAGCAAUUUGAUCCAGACGCAAAUCGACGCGAUAGCAUAAGUUCAAACCUUCACCGAUCAACUAGUAGCAUUGACGACCCAUUCACCACCUCUACUUCUUCCGCCCGGAACCCCUUUUCACACAGCUCUGAUAGCCGCAAGAUGAGUUUAUCCAGUUCACCUACCCUGCAGAAUCAUAACUUGAGCCUGUCACGGUCAUCGACUGAGCUGAAGAUCAACCGUGCAAAGCGGAUCGUCAUCACGCUUGAAGAUCUUCGCAAGGAGUAUCAGAUCGAGUUAGAUCGAGUAAGCAGGAUUCGAAGCGGAGACUGGGAAUUUGGUGCAGUUGAAGACAUGGAAAUGGCAGGUGUAUGA